CAUUCGUUUUUAAGCAGGCGAAAGCAUAGACGUUCACAAUCUUGUAACUAAAAAGACCCGAAGACGUGCGCCGGAAAAACAGAAAGGGGUUGGAGCGGAAUAUGUAUUGAAAGUAAAGAAACAAUAUCGGAUUUCGAGUGUAAACAGGAAGUGGAAGAUGAGCAGCAUGUCCCCCGAGGUGGCCUUGAACCGCAUCUCCCCCGAACUGCGCCCCCUGCUGUCCAGCGUGGUCCGCAACGGCCGCGUGGGUCUGGACUCCACAAACUGCCUGCGCAUCACGGACCUCAAGACCGGGUGCACCUCCUUGACCCCUGGGCCCUGCUGUGAUCGCUUCAAGCUGCACAUCCCAUACGCGGGGGAGACUCUCAAAUGGGAUAUCAUCUUUAACGCUCGCGAUCCCGAGCUGCCCCCGGACUUCAUCUUCGGGGAAGAUGCGGAGUUUCUUCCGGAACCUUCCGAGCUCCCGCACCUGGUGAGCUGGGACGCUGCGGACCCGGAGUGCCUGCUGCAGCUGGUGAAGGAGCUGAUCCAGCAGUACCACCUGUACCAGUGCCAGCGGCUGCGGGAGAGCUCCCGCCUGCUCUUCGAGUACGACAGCCUGCUGGAGGACCCCGAGUACGGCCGCAGCAUGGAGAUCUACGCCGGCCGCAAGAACAGCUGGACGGGGGAGUUCUCUGCUCGUUUCCUGCUCAAGCUCCCUGUCGACUUCAGCAACAUCCCAGUGUAUCUGCUUAAGGACACAGCCUUGGACCCGGGGGAGGACGUGGCCCUCCUCUCCGUCAGCUUUGAGGAUGCGGAGGCCACCCAGGUGUUCCCCAAACUCUACCUGUCCCCCAGCAUCGAGCACGCUUUGGGAGGAGCCUCCGCACUGCAUAUCCCAGCAUUCCCGAGCGGGGGCUGCCUCAUCGACUACGUCCCCCAGGUGUGCCAACUGCUGACCAACAAGGUACAGUAUGUUAUCCAGGGCUACCAUAAGAGAAGAGAGUACAUCGCUGCCUUUCUUAGCCAUUUUGGCAUGGGUGUAGUGGAGUACGAUGCUGAGGGAUUCACCAAACUCACACUGCUUCUCAUGUGGAAUGACUUCUGCUUCUUGGUGCAUGUGGACCUCCCCCUGUACUUCCCGCGGGACCAGCCCACGCUCACCUUCCAGUCUGUGUACCACUUCACCAGCAGCGGGCAGCUGUACUCGCAGGUGCAGCGCUCCUACCCCUACAGCCCGCGCUGGGACGGCAACGAGAUGGCCAAGAGAGCCAAAGCCUAUUUCCGGAGUUUCGUGCCUCAGUUCCAGGAGGGCGCCUUCGCCAACGGGAAGCUCUAGGCCGCGGCAGACGGGAUGACAUCGCCACGUGAGUCGCGGGCGCCAGGGAGAACACGCGUGUGCGCUGAGAACGCGGGACACUUUUUCAGCGGUGGCGGAGUCAUCGCGUCCGCGGCGAACGCGUUCUUAAUUAUCAUUGGUGUUUUUUUUUGGUUUUUUGUUUUAGUUUUUUUUUUGUUUGUUUUUGUACUUUGUCUUGUUUAUUUGAGGAUCGCCCCCUGCUCUGUAAGGUGCCGCCCCGUGUAGUCUGUGAACGGGUGCGUGCUGCGUGAUGUCGAACCCGUGCCUAAAUCCUCCCGGUAGGAGCGGCGCCAGGGGGUUAGGCGGGGUGGCGCUGGGUGGCGUCGGGGUGUACCUGGGCGGGGCUGGACAGUGCAGUACAGGUGUAACGGGCGUGUGGAUUCAGUCCUCCUGUACAGAACAAUGGGCUGCUGAGCGUGGGGUGCAAUGUGCUCUUUGUGUAAACGGUUCUGUUGAAGGUCUUUAGGAUGAACCAGGCGCCGCGCCUGAGAACGACCUCUGAUGUUCCUCUUGUUUGCUGUGCGUUCGGGGGAAAAAAAAAAAGCCUUGUGCCAUUAAAGUCAAAGUUAUGGAUGGAAA